CGUUCCAACGCCCAACCAAUCGAAUCAUUUCAAAACAUCACGUGGUAACUGCCGCGAAUAAUCAGCAAACGUCAUAUCGUGUUUUUUCGUCGUGCGGUCGGACGGGCGAGAUUUGUGACGGUGCAUCAGCCAGCAGUGGAGGUCAUCGGUUAGUGCCUUAUCUAUAACUUUAUCCUUUUCUUCGUCAGACUCGGAGCAUGCAGACUGCAGAUAUGCCUUCAGAAAUCAAGAAGAACUCUGGGGUGGCGUUUGAGUUGGUGUUCAAGGAGCCGUCGAAGGAAGCCAUCAAGAGCCCCGGACAGUCGCCGUCCACCAAACCCAGCACCUUGGAGGAAAUUCAGAAGAAGCAACAGGCGGCCAAGGAGAGGAGAGAGCAACAAGAGAGGGAGAGACUGAAGCUGGUAGCCGUCACCAACAGCAAACUAGAAGAGAGCAAAGCCAUCCGAAAGGAGAAGGAGGAGCAGUACAGGAAGGAGGCGGAGGAGAAGCUGGAAGGCAAGUUCAAGAAACACAAGGAGAACACGCUGGCCCAGGAGGAGGCUAGAGAGGAGAAACAGAAAGAAUUGAAUGAAAAGCAGGCAAGAGUCCUAGCCAAGAAGAAGGAGCUGAUCGAGACUGAAGGGACGACUGCGCCAGAUCUGAAUAGAGCAGAGUAGUCCAGCCUGCUUGUAUCACAAACACACACUCACAUAAGCCUUUCAUAUCUUCAUGUAUUCCCCUCCCUCUAAAAAUCUACUAGCGCAAAACAAAAAUUAAUGCACAACGCAAAAGAUGCUUUCUGCAACCUCUAAGGUACUUCAUCAUUUCAAAAUAAAAAUACGGUAAAAACUUUCAAGCAUAUAUGCCUGUUUUCUGUUUUCGUUCACAACUGCGGUCGAUCAGACCAUAAAGCAUCCUGCGAAAAAAAAGACCAAAAUUAUGAAAUCACUCACUUUUACGUUUUGGCGUGCCUUAUUAUUGUACAGGGGCAAGGAGUUGUUCAACUGCAAACAAGAAAAGUUAAACGGGGAAAAAAAAAAAACACAACUGAAUGGUGCAGUUUAUGUAAAUUCAUGUCCUAUUGUGUGUGUCGGCUGCAUUUUUUCAGCGGUGUUUUUCUUGUAUCUGGUGGAAAGAUUUCAAUCUUGGCGCUUGUGUCAUAUCUCCUUGAAAACGAGACUUUCCAGCGACAACCCUUGUAUACGUGUAAUGUAUGUAAAAAAAUGAAGUAUACUCCUAGCCUUAGAUGCAUGUAGAUGUAGUCGAAACAGGUCUCUCUUUUUUUGUUGCGAGAUAGGCAUUUAGCAAUCCCCUCCUCUUUGCUGUGGACUCUCAGUGGACUUGGGCGUGGCUUCGGGUGUGGUCAGACAAGGGUGUGGCACAUGGGUGUGGCAUUUUUACAGAAAAGAGGUAUAGCUUAUUAGAAUAUCACCAGAGGUCAUUUCAAAUACAUUGUUUCUGAGGAGCCACAAUGCUGAGGGCAAGUUGGCCAUCGCACACUUUUGAGGAGAGAAACACAGAAUGCCAUAUUAACUUGUCUGGCCUACAGUUGCUCAGCACAUUUUUCUCUACAAAAAAAAUUCGCACAUUCUAGAUCUGCUUUUCCUGAAGUUUUACACCAUAUUUUUGGGCAAUUUUUCUUUUGCACUUUUCCUUGGAUAAAAAUUCACUGAAUGCUGCUGUUUAAGAUAUUAGCCUGUUCAACCUUUCGGGGGCACUUGCUGUCAAAGAUAUUGUAAAUGUGAGCUUCAAUGUAUGUAUGAUAAAGAAAACGGAAUACACAAAGGCAUUGUAAUAAGGUCGAUAUUCAAAGUUUAUAGUAGUACCUUGCUGUUAAUGUGGCAUGCUACGAUUGUUAGUCUACAUUGGGACUUUGCACGGCAGUGUUAAGAUGGUAGAAAUUGUACAUUUUGUGGUCAGUCUAAUGCCAUGCAUGCACGUAGAUUACAUAGUUACACAUGAAUAUUCGAUGUUCACUUAGGAUAAAAAACACAAUUAGGGAAAAAAACUCUGUACAUGUAGGUAUAGGUAGUGAAAGUAGACAUAUGCUCGUGUAGUGUUGUUGACCUUUUAGUGAGCGUGAUGUGACUAAUAUGCCUAGGAGUUGAUUAUUUUGAUACCAAAAAAUUCAUAAAUGUCUACUGAAAUUGAAUAAUUGAUAAAGUUUUGUGUAUGCUAAGUUCGUUGGUUGUAGCACCGGCACUGCCAUGUUUCACACGAUAAAAAUCACCACUAAAUAUGAAUGUUAAAAUGUGCUGCUGGCUUUUGGUGAUACUUUUAAUUAAAAUGUUGAAGUUUUUUUGUCUUGAAAAACAAUUGCAGAACGGACUCACAAAGUGACUGUCUUUUGGAAAGGGAACGAUUUUUUGUUUCUUUGUAUUUUGCCUUAACGUUUACAGAGAAAAGAGGUGUUGCUUUUGUAUUUAAAAAAAAAAAAAUUAUUUCUGAGUUCUUCCAAAUGAUUUUUGUAAAAAAAAAACACGAAAUGCCAAAAAUUAUUUAUUUUGAUUUUGUUAUUAACAGUAGUUUAAGUUAGAAACAUUUUUUUUUGUAUUUGAUUGUUACAGUUAACAGUUGACGCAAUGUGAGCUAGCAUAAGCUACACUUAAUUAUACUCGUAUUGAUAAUUCUGUCAUGCUGCUUUUGAACAAAAAAAAUGUUACAACAACUCUUUAAAUGACCACUUAUUGAAUAAUAGCUGCAAACCGAUAAAGCGGUUUCAGUCAUUUCCUCUCGUCCAAAAAAAGAAAAGACCAAAAAAUUGCCACUUUAUCUACCUGCUUGAUUUACUCUCUGAAAUUCCAUUGAUUGUUUCGUUGUACUUAAAACUCAGUUCAGUUGUUUUGUUAUAUAUUAUAAUGAUUGUAUUAGGCUACUAGCCCAUUCCCAACUUGCAUAAUUGCCGCUUGGAAAAGUUGCAACUUGGAAAACAAUAGACCCCUAACCCUGCUAAAUGCAACAGAAAGCAACAAAGGUAAAAAGUUGUUGCAUACUGUUGCAUUUAGCAUGCAACUCAAGUCCCCGUGCUGGGUUGCAUCUUGUUGCAUUUAGCAGGGUAACUGCUCAUAGUGCCAAGCCAAUACAUGUACAACAUGAUCCACUAUUGCAUUUGGUUGCAUUUUGCAGGGUUACUGCUUGGUGCCAAGGUAUGCACUGGGUUCACUACACAAUGCAACAGAAUGCAACAGAAUCCACUGUUGCAAUUUGUUGCAUUUUGCAGGGUUCUAUUUCAGCUAAGUUGCGUUUUGUUGCAUUUGGCAGGGUGCUUAGAGAAAACCUGUUGGGGUUAGAGUUUAAAUUAAUAUUUUUUUUCUUUCUGACGUGUGCUAGGUUUUUCAAACCCAGUUUUGUUUUGCAACGUAAGAGGCUAUAAUUUUGUGUUCAUGAUUGUUUUGUCAUAAAGCAUUACUUUGACUGGAGUUAUUUGUACAGGAUAUUUGACAUACUUUGCAUUUUUUGUUGUAUUUUAUUUUUGCUACAAAGAAGUUUUGAUAACAUUCCAUGCUCAUAGAGUACUAUUUAGAGUUAUUUAUUACAUGUAUUUGGUUUUUCGUUUUGAGCAAGCGAACCUUUUGGACAAUUUCUCCUCAAGUUUAUUUGAGUGGUUAAGCUUACAUUUCCAACAACGCUUCUGUUUGCCAUAAGAAGGAACAGACACAUUGCUUAACACUAUGUAGAAACUGAAGCUUAUUAUGACAGGAAAACCAAACGAUCUUUCACUGCAAUAUUUAUUUUAGAAACGUAUUUAUUUUCAAAUGUUAACUUGGAAGACCUUGUCCAAUAUUCACAUCAGAUUCUACCCACCUACACGCGAUCAUUAAUUGAUAAGACUUUACGUUCUUUACUGUAUCUUUUAGGAACAUUUUUUGUGUAAUAAACAGGCGUACAUGUGCUUGGUUGUUAAUAAAAAACAAAGCUCUCAAGUAUUAAU